AUGACAUCUCAGAAAUACCACAGAAGCGAAGAUGCAACAGUCUAUCGUCAGAAUGCAUCUUUCGUCUACUCCUCUGCCUACACAGCGCCCGUCUUACAGCUACUUGACCCUCAACCUGGCGAUAAGAUUCUCGAUUAUGGUUGUGGAAGCGGAGAAAUAACCCUGGACUUGGCCACAAUCGUUGGCCCGGACGGAGAAGUCACCGGACUGGACGCCAGCGACGAUAUGAUCAUCAAAGCAUGUAACCUUCAUGCCUCUCAUCCGACUCUACAGCCAAAUGCACCGCUACAAUUCAUUACCCAAGACGGCCAUGAUAAGAUCCCGUUGGAGCAUCUUGGAGUAUACGACAAAGUCUUCAGUAACGCAGCUCUACACUGGAUGAAGCGCGAUCCCUCUCUCGUACUCUCGCGUAUCUAUUCGGCAAUCAAACCCAAUGGCAUCUUCGCUGCGGAGCUUGGUGGAUUUCUCAACUGCGUCGGUAUUCGCUCACAGCUUCACUUGGCCCUCAAGAGGCGAAGCGUCGAUCCGGAGAAGUACGAUCCAUGGUUCUUCCCCUCCCCGGAUCAAUACAGCGCACUGCUAAAAGAGGCUGGGUUUGAAGUGGAGAGCUGCGAGCUGGUGCCGCGCAUCACACCACUGCCGAAGGAGAGUGGUUUGAGAGGGUGGCUCAGGACUUUCGCUGGGCCUUUCUUGAACGCGAUAGAAGGCGAGGAAGAGAGAGAAAAGGUGGUAGGGGAGGUAGAGGAGGCGGUUAGAUGCGAUUGCUUCGAUGCAAACAGUGGGGUUUGGAGCGUUAUGUAUGUUCGGUUGCGGGUGAAGGCGCGAAAGCUUUCUCAGCCAUGA